AAAUUACAAAAUUAGAUGUUAUAAAAGAUUAUAGAAAUUUCCUAUUUUUUGACUGUAUUUAAAAGUUACAAAAUGCAGUAAGAAAAAUCAGUACUUAACGAGAGCUACUAAAUUUUUAAACGAAUUUUAUAGCGACAAUUUUCAGUUUAAAUGUAUAACAGCUCCAACAAUUUUUAUAAAUUAUCAAAUUUAAAUAAAUUAUCGCGAUCUAUGUUAUGUUUUUAUCUUCUUUGUGUAGACAAAAUUCGUACCUUUCGCUUUUUUCUGAUUUAACUAUAUUUAUAUUCAGUGAAAAACAAUGAAUGCUUUUAAAAUCUGGUUAUGUUAACCAAUUUCAUUAAUUCCUUCUCCUUUUUUGUCAUCUACUUUCUAUUUUUAAACUUUAUAAUAUCUAAGAAAAUUGCAAAUAAAUUAUUUGCAACUUCGUAAUCGGUAAUGAGAUAAUUAACAUCAGUUAACAUACAAGAAAGACUUCUCAGAACUGAUGACUGACAUUGUCCACAUAUCUGUCCGAGUAUUUAUGUUUUACGAAGCAUCUUGAAGGUAUACGCUACGUGAAAGUAUUCCAUAUAUGUAUGUACAAAAGCGUAGAAUAAUGAACAAAACAUGAUAGCAGUUCAUGGAGGAGUCUGCAUCAUCUACGAAUCGAAGAGAUUUUUGUAAAUAUACAAUGUUGUAGUAGCAGCAGAAUCAAUUCUUUCCAAAACAGCAAACGUACUGUAUUAAUUUGCAAUCGGAGAUUAGCCGAGCAUAUUAGCUUAGUAAGAUGAUUUUUGCAUUUCUCACACACACACACACACAUAUAUAUACAUACGUUCUUUGUUUCGAAAGUUAUUGUAUAAUUAUGUAACAUCGUAAUUUUCUUUUUACAUAACUGAGUAGUAUCAAGAGUAAAAGUUAUGCACGCGAUGGAAAUACAGCAUCUUUCAUUCAUAAAAAUGUACUACUCCGCUACUUUAUUUGAGUGUUUUAUUGCUCUUUAGGACGUCCUUUCUAGAUUUAGAAUUUUAUCAUGGUAGAUAGAUACUCUGUUUACGCUAACUUUUCCGCAAUGCUAUAUUCAGAUAUAUAUAGGCCCGAUACUCGUGUUAGCAAGUAUCGAGUAACCUACCUAACGAUCACUUACACAAAUCUUUAUACAAAAAAUAUGAUAUGGCUAUCUAAUCUCAGUGGCACAUGAAUACGUGUGGCUGUAACGUGUAUAAAAAAUAUGUUUUAAUUGACUGAUAAUAAUGGUCCACGAUAGACCAACGUUGAAUUAUGAAAAAACGGACCUAAAGUAACUGACGAGUUGCGACGUUUUAAUCAGAAAUACAGGCACAACGAUAGACAUCAGAAAUUUUAUUUGUACUAGACGCACUUCGUUAUUUGGUCAAUGCGUCGAACGGAGUUGAACGGAGUCGUCGAACACCGUAGCCUUUUGUCUCUGAUCAAAUUUUAAUUCAAAGGUUUAAUUAUUUUUCAAAGUGCCUUAAACACAGACAAUGAGAGACGGAGUGAGAUUGCGUCAACAUGUCUCUAAAAGAACUAUUAGUGAUGUGGUAUACCAGGAUAAGGUUUCUUCAAAAAAGAAAGAAGUGCUGCCAAAUGAAACUCAACAUUUACUCUUUCUGUUUACCUUCUAUCUUUUCGUAUCCAUUAUCAUUAUCACGUUUGAGAAGAAAUUACCUGAGCCAUUAAUGACAGAUAAAGAAGGUCUAUAUCCAGGAAGAUUUAUAGCAGAAAGAGCACAUAAUCAUCUUCUAAAUAUCACAUAUAUUGGGCCACGAAUUGUUGGAAGUUACGAGAAUGAAGUAUUAGCAAUUAAAUAUUUAACAAACAUUAUCAAUAAUAUAGUCAAAGAUGCCAAUGAGAACCAUAAGAUUCUAGUCAAUGUAACCAAGCAUAGUGGAGCUUUUCCUUUAAAAUUUCUGGAUGGAAUGACUAAUGUAUACAGAAAUGUACAAAAUGUCAUUGUUAAGAUUGGUCCUCAUAGACCUACCAAGAGCAGUUUAUUAAUAAAUUGUCAUUUUGAUACCUUCCCAGAAAGUCCUGGUGGUUCUGACGAUGGAGCUGGUUGUGCUGUGAUGUUAGAAAUUUUACGUGUGAUUUCUCAUAGUCCAAAGUUGUUUAAGCAUAAUGUUAUAUUUUUGUUUAAUGGUGCUGAAGAGAACUUAUUACAGGCUUCUCAUGGCUUUAUAACGCAACACCCUUGGGCUAAGGAGGUUAGAGCUUUUAUAAAUUUAGAAGCUUGUGGUGCAGGCGGUCGUGAAUUAUUAUUUCAGGCUGGACCUAAUAGCUCCUGGAUGCUUCAGAUAUAUGCUAAAUCUGUUCCUUAUCCCUACGCAUCAUCCUUAGCUCAAGAAAUAUUUGAAAGUGGUAUUGUACCUGGAGAUACUGAUUUUCGAAUAUUUAGAGACUUUGGGAACGUUUCUGGUCUUGAUUUUGCUUGGGCAACCAAUGGUUAUGUGUAUCAUACUAAGUUUGAUAAUAUUCAUCAAAUACCAUUGGGGUCUUUACAAAGGACUGGAGAUAAUAUACUUGCUUUAUUACAAGGGAUAGUAUUAGAUAAUUAUUUAUCCGAGGUACCACUUCAAGAUCACACAGGAAAUCCUGUGUUCUUUGAUUUUUUAGGUACAUUUGUAGUCAGAUGGCCACAGUAUGCGUCAAGUACAAUUAAUAUUAUCAGUAUAAUUGCCGGUAUAUAUUCAAUAUAUCUAAACAUGCAAAAUGCUCGACGAGAUGUAAAAAAAUCAGUAUAUUUAAAGCAUUUACUAUUAUGUACCGGAGCAAUAAUCGUUUCAUGGUUAGUAUCUAUACUUUCAUGUACAUUAAUCGCCCUCAUUCUUACUAAACUUGGGAAAGUUAUGAGUUGGUAUGCAAGGCCAGCAUGGUUGUUUUUCUUAUAUGUGGUUCCAACUAUCUUUGUGUCAAUGACGUUUUUCUUAUUUAUUGGGUCACGUCAAAAGAAGGAAGUUAAAUCUGCGUGGAUCUUAUAUCAAAUAUACUGUGAUUCGUAUUCUAUAAUAUGGAUGUCUGUUCUCUUCUAUUGUGUUAUAUUGGAGAUACGGUCUGGCUUUAUACCAUUACAUUGGGUUGUAUUUCCUACUCUUGGAAAUAUACUUCGAUGUAAUUUCUUUAACAAGUGGAGAGGUUGGAAAUGGCUGUUUUAUUAUUUAAUAACAAUGUGUCUACCUUAUAUACAAUCGUUCUACUUAGUAAUUGGAGCUCUUUAUCUUUUUAUACCCAUAAUGGGACGAUCUGGUAGCAGUAUAAAUUCAGAAGUUGUUAUGGCUAAUAUGUUAUGCAUUCUCUUUUCCUUAUUACUCAGUUUCACGUUGCCAUUUGUACUUUUAAUAAAAAAUGCAGAGAGAAUCCUGAGUGUGUUAGUGGGAAUAUUUUUAAUAACUAUAGGUGUAUUAAUUUUGACUCCACUUGGUUUUCCUUAUAGUGGUGAUUUGUCAUCAUUGGCACCAGAACGAUUUAUGAUUGCGCAUACACAAAGACAAUAUUACGACGUAAAUGGUAAUUUGCGGUACACUGGAACAGGAUAUUGGAUAGCUGAUUUAGACAUGAAUAGUCCACAUAGUGUGGAAACUAUGGUACCUGAAAUAGGUGCCGUAACAUCAACAAUGAAAGAUUGUGAAAAAGAAUUAUAUUGUGGCCUACCGUAUUUUAUGCCUGUUACGACAUUUUUAUGGAAAACAAGCUGGAUUCCAGGUCCUGCACCAUUGAUUAAUAUACCAACAAAACUUGAACUCAUUUCAAAGUCGAUAAAACAGAAUAUUGUCAGUUUUACCUUCAAUGUCACAGGUCCUGAUCAUAUAAGUAUAAUUUUAUCUCCAUAUAAAGGUGUUCAUUUAGGAAAAUGGUCUAUUUUGGAAGGGAAGCCGUUAGAAGGACCUAAAUGGAAUGAUAGAGAAACAUACUUUAUCUAUUAUUCUUGUGCGUCCGAUUGUGUUCCUUUCACAUUUUCUCUUGAAUUGAAUGUAAAUAGUAUGCCCAAAACUCCAUGUUUAUCAAUAGCAUUAGGUGGCCAUUUUUUACAUGGUGAACACCAAACAUCUUUAAGAUUUAAACGAUUCUUGGCACAAUUUCCAUCUUGGACGGUCGUCACUCCAUGGACAGCUACGUAUACUUCUUGGCAAUUUUAAUAUCACGUAGAACUGAUUGUUCUACUAAACAUCUCUAUUGAAUACAAUUUUGUGAGAACAGUUAAAAACAGCCUAGCAGAAACGGCACUGUACUACGUUGUAUAGUUUUAGAUACGUUUAAAAGAUAUAUAAUACCUAACAAUGCAAAUUAUAAGCUUAAGGAAUAGAGUAAUCCUACAUUAUACAUGCUAAUUUCUUGCAGUUGCAAUAUAAGAAAAUACAUCGAUCAAUAUUUAGGGAGAAAAAGCAAACGAAAAAAAAAUGUUGAAGAAUGGAACUUUUUUCAUUCUAUUUAUAUACAUUUUUUACUAGUACAUUAUCAAAUCGUCAAAAGGAAUCUUCGAAGUAGAUCUAAGAUAAGGUAGAAUGAUACGAGGAUUUGAAACAUUUCGAUUUCUUUAAUUGUAGUAUUCGUAGAAUAUUAUAAUAGCAUAUCAACUGUAUGCCUUAGAAUCACAGCUAUAUUUAAUUUUUAAAUGCUAGAAAAAUAACAACCUUAAUCUGUAAAAGCAGAUAGUGGACCGAAAGAGAUAGAAAUAUCGCGAAGCUAUCGCCAUAUGAUGAUUAUCUUUUUAUUGCGAUCUUCAGGUUAAGAAUAUUGUUGAUUAAAACCACAUGACCAUAUGCAUUUUACGAUUCUGUGUGAACAGUUUAGAAGCACAAAUGCAAUAAUCUGCUUUAUUAUAUAUACACCGUACUAAGAUAUCUUUAGAUUUAAUUUAAUAUACAUUUAAUCUAUAACAUUUUGACUUUCUCACCAUCGAAUUUUAUAGUUAUUACAUAUGUCUUUAUAUAUUAAUUUUUUGACAUCUUGUUGAGACAUUUGUGUUAUUAUAAAUGUUUGUAAUGAGAACUAUAUCGAACUUACUCGAUGGAAGAUUAGGUAUAUUUGUUAGGAUUUAACUAUGUGAUUUAUUAAUGGGUUGUAGUUAAGAUGCAGUUUUGGAGGAGAGCCAAUUCUUUUUAUCAUUUCGUUCGUGUUCCUUUACAUUUGUUGUUGAAAAGAGGUUGAAUUUAUCUUAAUUGUUAUUAUGUUCUAUUAUCAAUGUAUAGUAAUUUGUUUUUGUAUCAUUAACAAAUGUAUGCAACAGUUGCUACAAGACAUAUAAAUUAAUUCAAUUCACGUAGGAUAUCAAGCAGUAAACAGUUCAAAAGAUUAAAACGUAUAUUUAAUUAAGAAAUAUUUAUUGAAUUACACACGUAAUUCUAUUCAAUUCUAAGAAAAUUAUGCCAAUAUUAGUAGCCAACCGCGUAUAGACGGAAGUAAGGUCAAAGUAUUAAUAGAAGUUAAUACGAUAAACUUCAAUAUAAUAAUAGUACUUUUACACCAAUUUAAAGGAGAAACAUUAAAGUGCAUGUACGUUUAGCUUGUUAUAAAAACAUUAGAAGAUUUAAUUUUUUACAAACUAACGUUUGACAAUCUUGAAUUCGAUUUUAAUAUACAUACAUUGAUUAAAAAUUUUCUCAGACAAUUGGAAUGUUCCAAAUUUUAUUCCCAUAUUUCUUUUUAUAUUCUUUGUGAUAUUUCUUAUGAUUGACUGAAUAUUUAAAAAAGGUAUAUAUAGCGUAUAAUUUUCGUUACUUUAAGUAAUUUUAUAUAAUUAUGUAACUUUUAUUGCACAAAUUAUUGUCAAUGAUUCUACUUAACAGUAUUGCACAAUAUUAAGCACAUAUGUAUAUAUAAUUUUGUUACGAGAAUUUACUCAGUUUACUGAGAUUUUUAUUAUUCGAAGUAUUUGCAAUAUUUAGGUAAUUGGUUUCAUUUGGUUGUCGUUGAAAUAAUGCAACUGGUUUGUUGUCUAUUAUUUCUUACUAGUCUCUGUUGUUCCCAACUUUUUUGUUUAUACCUUUUCACGAAUUUAUGCGUUUAAAUAUACACAUAUUCCUAUUUCUUUUUAAUGUUCACCUUAUAAUCUUAUAUACGCGUUACUAUUGUUAUUUAGCGUUUCUCGAUAAACGACUAAAGUUUAACACAAGAAAACAAUAAAAGUGUUGACAAUUA